CGCCUCACCGUGCUCACUGUGCGCUGCUCUGUCUGUUUGUCGUCCGCUAGUUGUGUAUGUGUGCGUGUGCGUGUGCGUGCAGCCUUUGUCAAAAAGCAAAGAAUUGGAGCGUUAAGUCCGUCUGGUUUUCGGAGUGAAAAGUGCCACAUUUGAUUACAAAGUCUAAGCUUGCAGAUCUAAGCAAUCAGUAGUGAUAAGAUUGAAAAAAAUCAAGUGACAAACAAGCAGCUGAGAAGACUUGAGUGGUGCUCAAAAACAAACGUGCUCACACAUACACACGCGUAUAGGCAAAACAGAGAGCGAGCGCAUAAUCAAUUUGAAGCGAUUGUGGCAAUAAAUGAUAAGCAAAGCAAGUGCAUGUGAACAGCAAAUAAAUAAACAAAAUCAAAUACAACGUUGCUCUUUGCUGCCACCUAAGUAAACGUGAAUACUUACAUAUCUCACGAUCAGUUGGGAAGCGGCAGUGCAGUCGCUGGCAUUGUGCGUUGCGUGUUGAUCGCUGAACAUUUUCGUUUUUUAUUUAAGUGAAAUUAAUUCUGAUAAGUGCGAGUACACAAAAUGCAUUUCGGCAUCUUGGGCAGUGGCGUUGUGGGUCUGACAACCGCCUUGGAAUUGCAACAGAAUUAUCCAAACGCGCAAAUCACAAUACUCGCCGAUCGCUUCAACGAGGAGACCACCAGCCAUGUAGCGGCUGGCAUUUUCAGGCCCGGCACCAGUUUUGCAGGACCAACCAGGGAGAUUACACAACAGUGGAUUACUGACGCCUUCCAUUACUGGGACGACAUACGGCGCUCCAAGAAGGCGCCGCUCGCAGGCGUUUGCCAGCUCUCAGGCUACAUUUACUCGUCCACCUCGCCGAAGAUCGUGCGGAACCCCUUCAUUGAGAAUUUAUUGCCUGUUUACCGACAAGCCACGGAGGAGGAAUUGAAGCUGUGUCAGGGUGCUUGGAAAUACGGUUCUUUCUUUACCACUUGUCUCACUGAAUGCGGACUCUUCCUGCCAUAUGCAACAAAGAAUUUUAUUGCAGCUGGUGGCCAAGUCACGCGUCAACAUGUUAGCUCGUUUUCGGAAGUGUCGGAGCAAAACUUCGAUGUGCUCUUCAAUUGCACCGGCCUGGGCGCAAAAGAGCUAUGCAAUGAUGCGCAACUCGUACCGAUGCGUGGUCAGGUGCUGAAAGUGCGCGCCCCAUGGGUCAAGCUGGCUUUUUAUGGUGACUAUGACACCUACAUACUGCCCGGUUUCGAGGCGGUCACGCUCGGCGGUUGUCGCCAAUACGACAGCUUCAAUUUGAAUGUUUGCAAAUACGAUUCGAUGGCGAUCAAGGAGCGUUGCUAUGGCAUGCUGCCGAGCUUGAAGCGCGCCGAGGUGGUGCGAGAGGCUGUUGGAUUGCGGCCACAUCGUGCUGUGGUGCGCGUCGAAAGUGAGAUCCUCCGUUUGGCCGACGGACGCACGCAGAAAGUGGUGCAUAACUACGGUCAUGGUGGCUAUGGUGUUACCACCUCACCCGGCACCGCAAAGUAUGCUGUAAAAAUCGCACGCGAUCUUUUGGCAGGCAACAGUAAAUUGUAACUGUAAACGGUGUGAUAAUUUCAUACAUAUACAUUCAUAUAUGGCUAUAAAUUUAUAUAUGUAUAUGUAUGUAUGUAUGUG